GGGGAGAGAGUGAGACCGAGCGCAUCCUUAGAAAAAGUCUCACACUUGAUUCAAGCCAGCGUCACUCCUCUGACAGCCUGACAUCCCAUAGGCUGGACGUUCAUGGGACACCGCGCGUGAUAACGAAAAAAGGUCUAACAAAAGUGACAGGUCACACUUGUUGGCACACACAGGAGCUCAGUGUGGGGAUGCUGUCAGUGACCUGCGCAUCAAUGGAGAUGUUUGGUAACGGUAGAGUGCCAAAUGGGACCAGUACUUUAAUUUAGCCGGGGCUCGUGCACGUGUAGCCUACGCCACUCCACUUAGCACGCAUGAACUUUUCGGUCCUCCACGCGCCGCCGCAUCCUUCUUCUCACGGACAAUGAAGACGACUCGCAAAUGCAGGAGCCUAAUGUCGGUUAGCUUGAACUUCUUCGCCCUGUUCUUCUCAAUAACGGCGUUUAUAACGACUUACUGGUGCGUGGGGACCCAGAGAGUCCCCAAGCCAAAGUGCAGCAAGUUGAGGACACACCAGUGCAUAGACUACGGAGUGAACGAGACAGACCCGAACAAAGUGGUGUACAGCUGGGAGACCGGGGACGACAGGUUUCUGUUCCGACAGUUCCACACCGGCAUCUGGAUCUCAUGUGAGGAAAAUAUCCACGAUGAAAGUGAGAUGUGCAGAAGCUUCAUCGACUUGGCUCCUGCAUCAGAGAAAGGGAUGUUGUGGCUGUCCCUGGUUUCGGAGAUGUUGUACAUUGUUCUGCUGGUGGUGGGCUUCAGCCUCAUGUGUUUAGACCUGGUCCACUCCAGCAACGUCAUGGAUGGACUAAAGCUCAAUGCCUUUGCUGCUGUCUUCACUGUGCUCUCAGGUCUUCUUGGGAUGGUCGCUCAUGUGAUGUACACACAGGUCUUCCAGGUGACUGUCAGCCUCGGCCCACCUGAUUGGAGGCCCUACAACUGGGACUACGGCUGGUCCUUCUGGUAUGACUCCACAGGCACACAGCAGAAAUCAAAGAUUGUUUAUUCCAGCCAGACCUUGAAAAGUGGCAGGAAAACACUCAUACCGGCUGACUCUCUGGACCUGAGUGACCUUCCAACAUCUUUGGGGGAAGAGCAGUGCUGAACGGGACAGGACAGGAGGGGGUGGCAUUCCUCUUAGUGUGGCAACCUGAUGGAUGGAUGCGCUGUUGUCAUUAUGUGUUUGCUAUUAAGUACUGGACUAGUCUUGUAUUGCCAGACCUUCCUCCGCAGCGCUGCGGAUGGGAAAAAAACAUGCUCUGGUUUGUUGGCAUUUCUUUAAACAAAUCACAAUUGUCUUGGGCUGCGCUACGCACCACACAGAGCAACUACCUCCUUCAAAAUAGCCCUUGGGAAGCAACUUGUUUGGGUGGAAUAUUUGUACUUUCAAAUGUUGUAUCAGUUGUGCAACAGAAAACUCAGAUUGGACAGAUAGUGUAGCUAGCUGUUUCGAUUUACCAUACAGAGAUCUGAGGAGCAGUUAAGCAUAGUCCUCAUAAAUCGACCGGAGUUUAAAAUGUCAACACAAAGAAAGCAGAAGGACACGGACGUCAGGCUGAAAUGAAAGACAUCAAGCGGAAUAUUCGUUGCACCUAAACAAUCCCAGAAGUGUAAUGUCGUGGAUAUAGACUAGUACGGGACAAACCAAUUACAGGAUGUGAGGCUGCAUCAAUAGCUCCACCUGUUUCAUUUUAACACUGCCUUAAUUGUGGGUCUGUUGUUCAUGUUGGAAGUCACAGAGGUCCUGUUCAGACCUGGCAUUAACAUGUGUCUUGGUCAUCACUGGACAGCUGUAGGACACAUAUAGUCACAUUCCUUUAGCCGGAUAUAUGCCAAUGUGUCCUGGGCCACAUUGACAGACAGCUUACUCAAGGGCCAUAGGAGCUUCAAACCAGCUGAUAACUGAAAAACGUGGACAUGAGCUAAUCUCAUGCAUGAAUGUCUUUUCCUCUGUUUGUGUAACCUACCACGAUUUAAAAGAAAUGUCAAGUAUACCCAUAUAGAGUGAGGGCCUCUUAGAUGUAAAAGCCUUAUUAAACAUGUUUCAGUCAAUCAAUAAAUAAAUGCAAAGACAAUGUGAUAGUUGGUCUCUGGUUAACUGGUUUUCAUUCAAUAAAUCCACAGAGACUUACUGCAAA